GUUAGUAAACUUUGACCCGAAAAGAGCAUUUUUAUGAGGAAACUAAAUGAUGCAAAAAUAAUACUUUGGGGGCUGAAAUUUAGAUCCUUUCAAUAGUAGCCUAUAUCACAAUACCUUGAAAACAAACCUCAAAACACUUUCCUAAGUUCGUCUGAAUUAGGGAGUUUGUGUCGUGGGCGAAUUUUAGGUGAUUUCAUUACAGUAUACCGAUACUUUUUGUUCUUUUUGAAAGGGACACCGAUUCAAGCUUCAUGCCUCGUGGGUUAUCUCUCCGAACCUUUCGUUAAACACCACUCAAAUUAAGAAACAAAUACUCCGUGAAUUAUGUUUUCACAGGUGCAUUGAUUUUAGGUGUUGCAGUUAAGAUGGAAGUGCCUGUAGAAUUUGUGAGCCAUGACCAGACAAAGACAGAGAUUCAGAUGCUUGGUUACAGCUACUCGCAUCUGGACAAGAAUGGACGGCUUUCGGAGAAGAGAACCUGUUUUCUGACAAUUCUUUACGCCAGUCCAGACUUCAUUGACAACCGCAGACUGAGACAGGACAGGCGGUUAUAUUUUAGCUACUUCCGUAUUAAGCUAAAUACCCCACUGAUAGAUCCAAGGAGUUUGUUAUACAAGAAAAUCUGGCUGGAGGAAGAACUGGUGCAUGUUGGAAACACGUCCUUCAUCAUAAACUCCUUAUUAAAAAGCCCUGACCGACGAAACACAUUGGCCAUUGCUAAAUCUUUGUCCGUCAUAGUGGACAAGGAGACACACAAGAAAAGGCAGCUGCCCUCGUGGUUUAAAGAAAAGUUUGGCCACAUUAAACAAGAGCCUGUAAAGUUUGAGAUACCAGAAGUGCCGCGGCACUGGAACUGCAAGGUCAAGAUUUCCCACAAUGAUAUCGACCUGAAUAAGCAUGCUAACUUCUCAGCCUAUAUCAGCUACUGCCAGGAUGCUGUGUAUAAACAUCAGGUACAGCAGUCGAAUUUAUCAUGGUUUAACAGACUUGGUGUAGAAGAGGUUGAGCAGAGUUAUCUGGGUGAGGCCAUGGAGGGUGAGGAACUAAGCCUGUAUGUACAGCAGACGUCUAGCCCAGGGGCCGUCUUCCUUGUUAGUGUGGAGAAAGACGGGGUGAUUAUUGUUAAGACCAGAUUAGUAUAUACAUCUGCUUUAUCACCUGGUCUUACUUCACAGCUGUAAACUCACAUGUCCAAGAAAAUAUGUUUUUUUCGAAAAAAUGGUAAAUGACCUGAAAUGUGGUCAAUUUUAUUUUAUUUAUUUAUUUUCUUGAUUCAAGUUUUACGCCAAACUCGAGAAUAUUUCACUUAAGUGACAAUGGCCAGCAUUAUGGUGGGAUUCAACAGGGAAACCUACAAUGAUACGCAGGUUGCUGCAAGACCUUCCCAUGUACGACCGGAGAUGAAGCCAGGUAACAUGAGCCGGACUUGAACUCGCACAUCAUAAUAUAUGGCAUUUAUUUGCCUUGAUACAUUUUUUAGGAGGCUGGGGCAACAUUUUGGGUUAUUUACCUUUAUUGUCUUUUCUUGAAAUCCAUCAUAACUCUGGAGUGAAAUUUAUGUAAUGUAAAAUUACAAUUCUGAGUGUCUCCGAUUUGCACCUUGUAAAACAAACUCAUGUUCAUGUCAGUCCGUAUUACUUUGAAGGAUAUCCAUGUUGUGAAGCAGGGUUUGGCAUUGCAUGAACUGCCUCAUACCUCAUUGAUGUACUCAGCGGAGCAUAACAAUUUGGAACAUUGUCCCUAUAUCCAGUGGGUUACCUGGCAGCAGAUUUAUUGUGAUUCGUCAGCAGGGAUAGAAAUAUGGCGUUAGUACCAGUAUAAGUGCACUAAUACGAAUUAUUAGCACAUGGACAAUGUGCAGAAAAAAAAAGAUUGUUUUAAUAUUAUAAAAUUCAUGCUCACCAUAAACCUAUGGAGAGUGCUGUGUUUUCUUCAUUAGAGCAUUGGUUUACAUAGAGAUUUCUUAAUUUUCCUAGUAUAGAUAUGCCCAAAGUCUGAGAUGGUGUGUUUCUCAGUGCAGGGAGACUAGAGUCAAAUGUACUGUGUGAACGCAACUUUAUUUCUUAAAUUCAUCCUUGAUCGGAGAGUAUUUAAAGGUUUAUUGGAUUUCUUUGUGGUAAAACCAAAGAGGAUUACAUAUACUAAUGUAGAUGUAUAUGAGAAGUCAUGUUACCAAUUUUGCCUUGUUAUCCUAGAGAACUAAAAUUUAAACUUGAAGAGAUAGUUAAGGGUAUUAAUAUAGCACACCUAUGUACAGGAUACAAUCUAUUUGUUUAAUUGAGCAAAGUUUUAUGCUGUACUCAGGAAUAUUUCACUUGUACAACAACAGCCAGGAUUAUGGCGAGAGGAAACCUGUGACCAUCUGCAGGUUGCUGAUAGGCCAACCUGAGAGGAAGCUAGCUCGACUUGAAAUUUGAUGGUACAAUCUGUGGAAACUGUCUAGUAUUAAAGUCUUUAGGAUUUUUAAAGACAUAAUUUAUGAAAGUCACAUAU